GGCGCACUCGGGGGGCCCGCCUCGCCAAACAGCUGAUCGUGUCAACACUGACCUCCUCUGGCCUCCUGCCACUCCUCUCUGGCCUCUCAGGCCUCUCACACCCAUAUUUAAACUCCUGCUGCACCUCCCAGCACCUGUGGUGACAGUGGCACAGCUGUAAUACGUGUGGUUCGACUCGUGUGGUUAUGAGAUAAGGCAACGCUCACUUAAGCGAAAUAUGAUAAGGCCUACAACAGUGUUAUUAGCUUGACUCGUGGUUUGACAGAAGAGGAGUCACAUCAUGCGUUAAACAAAGUCUUAGAUGACCGCAAGGUUCACGAUGAACUCUGCAUGGGUCUGCUGGUCAGCAUCCUUGCCGACCCAUCCAUAGCCUCACGGCACUACCAUGAUCUGACUCUCCUGACCCGUGACUCACUGAAGGUGGUGACAGAGACGCUGAUACACCAGAUUAUUGGCGAGAGAUUUUCGCGGUUGUCCGAGAGCACGAGAAAACAACUCUUGUGGCUGGUUCGGGAACUUGUCAAGACGGGCAUAAAUAACGUGGAAGGAGUUGUUUGGUGCCUCCUCAGACAAAUUGCCGGUGGAGAUGUGUCGCCGAAAAAUAUUUGGUUGGCUGAAAGCUUAGUAGAUAUACUAAGAGAAAAUCGACCAUGGUUAGACAAGUUUCCAGUGAUCGUUGCAUCAGUGACUUACACAUACUUGCGUAUCUUAGAAGAUCAUCAUGCGCCACAGUUUGCUGGCCUAAGACAAAAAGAGGUUAAUUUUGUCGUUGGCCUCUUGAGAGAACGCUUUCAGGAUUGCUUAAUGAUUGGAAGAGACUUGGUUCGGCUCUUGCAGAAUAUUGCCAAAAUACAGGAGAUUGAAGCCUUUUGGAGAGAUUUGAUACAUAAUCCGACCUCUUUGUGUGCAAGUUUUACUGGAAUUCUUCAACUCCUUCAAACACGAACAUCACGAAGAUUCUUUGUAGUGAGGUUAACCCCAGAGAUGGAGAAAAAGAUAGUGUUCCUAUGUACAGAUGUCAAAUUUGGUAUGCAAAAAAGAUACCAAGAAUGGUUCCAGAGACAGUACCUGAACACCCCGGAGAGCCAGACAUUAAGAUGUGACCUCAUCCGUUUUAUUAUUGGCUGUAUCCACCCAUCCAACGAAGUCCUAUGUUCUGAUAUUAUUCCACGCUGGGCUGUGAUUGGCUGGCUUCUUUCAUCUUGCACAUCUCCUGUUGCAACAGCCAACUCAAAGCUGGCACUGUUUUAUGAUUGGCUCCUUUACAAUACUGAAACAGACAACAUCAUGAAUAUAGAGCCGGGAAUUCUCGUGAUGUACCACUCCAUGCGGCCGCACCCAGUUCUUACCACUUCCCUCCUCGACUUUAUCUGUAGGAUAAUUCCAAACUUCCAUCCUCCUUUGGCGGACAAGGUUCGAUCAGGAGUGCACAAUUCCCUUCGGCAAAUUUUAGAGAAGAGAGUAGUGCAAUCACUCGAUCCACUCUUUGACAACCGCCACAUGGAUGCAGAAUUGCGGAAGCUCAUUCGUGAAACAUUCCCCGAAUUCUGUUCAAACUCAACCUCUGGGGAUGUGAAACCUGAGGACUUUGUUGCCCCAGUGUCUUCAGCUUCUGUUACCAGGAUGGACCUUAUGGUGGAGACAGGUCUGGAUUUUGGAACCUCAACAGUUAAUAAUGAUAAUGAUGUGAAUAACAGUAACCACAUAGGCGAGGACGAUGCCAUGUUUAGUGACGAGGAGGAGGAGCAGCCACUGACCCCAAAGGCUCCCCUUCCUCCACCUGCACCCAGUAAAGUCAAAGUGGAGGAAAUCUCACCUGCCGCCCCCAUCCCAGUGACAGAGUUGGUGGAGGUGAAAACCAAAGUGAAUGAUGUGUGUAGUGUGGAGGAGAAAGUGGACCUCAGUAAACACUUAGAAUAUUUGGAGAGUGAUAUGAAGACAAUUCUUCUGGAAUACCAAAAUGAAAAGGACACUAAACAAAGAUGUGACCACCUACAGAAGAUAUGUGAUUUAAUAUUUAGUGAAGACCUAGAUCAGGAUGAAGCAGUCAAUUUGGCAACUUGCCUUUGUCACCUCCUGGCAGAUGACUUAACACCGGGUACCUCUCUCUUGCCUCAGGAUAUUUCAGCCGAAAGCAUUCAAGAAAGCUUGGGGCGCCCUUUGUAUGUUCUCUUUGACAACCUCAUUACCUUACCGGAGGAUGAUCAUCGAAGACAACCUCUGUUGCUGUUGCUGGUUGAGAUGCACAAGAUCACCCUCCACGUGGGCUACCACUUUUUGUAUUUCCUCAAAGCCUCCAACAUUAAGACAGAGAAAGUCCAAGAAAAUAACGAGUGUUCCUUUCUUACUUACCGUGACCUGAGCAAAGCUGCUGGACAGAAGGAUUUUGCGGGGUUUAUCAUUAAGGACUUGCGGCUGUGUAGUGAAGAUGAUCCUCGAGUGUUAAGUUGGAUAAUACCUGAUAUAUAUAACAGUUUUUCCAAACAAACUAGAGGGAAUGCAGAACUAUUGCAGUUGGUGUUAGAACGAUUAGACUCGUCACAACUACAUGACUUGGUGUGCAUGGUACUUCAGGGCUCUUUGCAAAUGUUUGACAACAGCUCUUUUGCAGCAAUAUUGGAAAAGAGUUUGCAAUGGGAAACUGUGGAACAGCUGUUUCUGUGGCAACUAGCAAAAGCCCACGAGAUUCCUGUGGACUGUUGCUUGUCUGUGAUGCCCAAGCUCAAGUUUACCUCACAUUCUGCCAUCGUGACCAACACUCACGGAGAAGCCUUGUCCAACAUCCUCAUGAUGCUGCGGAGAGAAUCGCCAUCUGAAAUCCUGUUAAGAACGUUGCUGCUUCGGGAGUUCAGAGUAGAGGAUCCAACCGUGGCCACCAUCCUACAGUAUUGGGUCCAGCGGUACGAGGACAAGAUGGCCAAGCUCAUAAAUGAUGUAGUCAAUAAUAAACCUCAGCCAUCACCAAACAAACGGAAACGGAACCAAAGUACAAAAGCCAGUGCAGUGCCAUUGGACCAAGUGUUGUCACACCUUAAUCACUUGAGGACAGCUUGUGGGCAAACAACAUUUUUUGCAUUAGAAACAAUGCAGGACACGCUACAAACAGCCCAAAAUCAGUGUAGUGAAAUGCAGAAGAAAAAAUAUGGUGAUCUCUUUGCUCUUAUCGAGGAAGAGGAGGAGGAGGAGCCAGCACCUGAACCUCAAAGAAAACCCAAGUCUAAUAGAGGUAGAAAACCAAAAGGCAAAAAAAAACAGGAAACGGAAAGUGAGGAGGAAAGUAGUGAGGAAGAAGAUGUCAAGAAACCUUCCAGAAAGCGGAAAAAGAAUAACCAAUUGGGGUCUGAUAGUGACUAGCCACGGCCAUUGUUAGUUUAGCUGAAAUCAGUGUGGGACUCUUGAAGGUCCCAACAGAACUAGCUAAGUCACUGUGAUAAUGGUUCAGUCACAGGCUAAGUCAUUCUGGUACUGACUUGAGCCACUAUGUACUGCCAAGUCACUGUGGUACUAGCAAAGUUGCUGUGGUACUGCCAAGUCACUGUGUUACUGGCUUAGCUGCUGGUACUGGCUAAGUCACUGGUACUGGCUAAGUCACUGUGAUACUGGCUAAGUCACUGGUAUUGGCUAAGUCACCGUGGUUUUGGCUAAGUCACUAAUACUGGCCAAGUCACUUUGGUUCUGGCCAAGUCACUGUGGUUCUGGCUAAGCUGAUGUGGUUCUGGUAGAACCACUUAGGUCCCGGCCAAGUCACUAUGAAGCUGGCCUAAGUUACUGUGAUGUUGGCCAAGUCACUGUGGGUACUGACCAAGUCAACAGUGCUGACUUCAGUCAUUGAUACCUGCUGAGUCACUCUUGGUACUGGCGAGGUCACUGGUACUGGCUGAGUCACUGUGGUAUGAGCUAAGGUUGCCACGGGGCUGCAGCCUCCGGGAACAAAACCCAGCACUCUUCAUCUGUGAUGUGAUAUAGUGGUAGCCUUAAUUUUUUUCAUAUAUUUUUUUUAAUGCAUUAAGUGAGAGGAGAUGCAUUAAUUUCUUUUAAGGGAAAAAACGUGUUUGUCUUCUCGAGUGUUAAUUUCCCCCCCUUGACCGAGCUGUGGACUCUGGAAAACUUUCCUCAGGCAAAGUAGACAGAUUUUAAGGAUAUUGUUAAACAAUUUCCUCACGUAUGUACUCUAGUUUGUGAGACAGUAUCGGCAUGUGUGUGUGAUGAAUGUCCGUUGCUUUGUUUGUGAAAGUGAAUAUGGGGAUUACUUGGGGAAAGAAGCACAUUAAGGAAUCUGCAUAUCAAGAGUGAUACUGAAAAGCCAAUUAAAAAAAAAAUCAACCAAUAGAUACAUUACCUCCCCAGCCAAAGAUGUCUGAUACAAACGUGUUGAUGACCAUCUCGAUCUUCAAGGCCUGUGUCUCCCUCGAGGUGCAUUCAGCCGCCAGUCACAUCAGUGUGUUGAAAACAAAUAAGGAGAUUGCAAACGUCGAUUUUGCCGUGAACAUUAUCGAAACACAUUUCUCUUAAAGAGAAACACAAUUAAAAAAAAAUUCCUAAAGAAAUAACCACCAUCACUUAACUGUUAUGAAAUUGUUAAUUGAUUGGCCUAAGUUUUAACAAAAAAAUUAAUUUCUUUAUUAUAGAAGUGCAUUAGAUAAUGUUCAGCACAAGCUAUGAUAUAUUCAUUAUUUCAUUUAUUAUGUUUAUGGUCAUAGUGUACAAAAUUGUGAGCUCUGAGCAUUGUAAGCAUUAUAAGGUUGAUGUCAACUAUCUACAAGAUUGCUCAAGUUGUCAGGUAUGUAUGGCAUUCAUAUUGUAAUGCUGUAGUACAUAGAAAACCAAAACAUAAUACCAUAAUUUUGACUUUUAAUCAGAUUUACCAAAUACCAGAUACAGAAUUUGUUAAUCGUUGAUGCAUAUUUGUUUUUUAAUGUAUAUGAGUGCGUAUGUAGAUCACUAAUUUUUCUGAACCAUAGAAAGAGAGAGAGAGAGAUGGUUGAUCACAAUAACAGCCAGUGAUUAAGGAAUAUAAGAAGAUUGACAUAAAAGGUGCAUAUAAUAAUAAUAUAUAUCAAUGGACUUUUUAAACUUUUUUGUUAUAAUUACUGAAUAGGUAUUCAGUAAAUUGAGAGAAAUAAUACGGCACACAAAAUAUUAGCUCGGUACCAACUUAAACAAAAAACUAAUAUUUAUUCAUCCAUUAUCAGUACAGUUCUCCAUUUCCCACUCUUUCAAAGGGGUGGGAACGUGAAACGUUCAAUCUCACAUCUUUCUCCUUAAAAAUUGUGCAUGUUGUUGUGUUCAACCAGCAAUUCUGAUGGAUGACACCACUGGUCAUUUCCAUUUUUCAUUCCAUAUGAGACGUAUACCAUUGUGCCAUUGUAGCUCUGCAUCUGCGUUAUCUGGAAAUCGUAAGGAGGAGCAAUUUUAUGUGCAUCAUUUCAUGCUGUCUUUUUUCCUAUUUUAUAAGUAUUUAGGAAAUGAUACUUUAAAAUACUGUACUACCACCAAGAUCAAAUUUUUAUAUCCUAUUAGUUUAUUCAUUGUUGAUGUUAUUUUCCAGUGAAAGUGAUAUACUGUAUAGCAUGAUGUUGAAAAUUGAAUUUUAUCCAUUGCAAUCACAGUUUUAACAUUUAGACCACAAAUGUUGUCAAAAUUAUUACAGCAAAAUAACCCAAAACAUUUUUGAUGAAUGAAAGUGUAAGAACUAGACUGAAGAUUUCAAGACGUGUAGACAAUGCCUUACUGCUGUCUGUUUAUACAACAAACAAUCUAUUCUUUGUUAAGAUAGCCAAACUUCAACCAGUUUUAGAUGUGCUAAAACAGAUUUAUAUAAGAUUAUUAAUAAAACUAAAAAAACUA